CCCGCCCGUCGCCUUUCCAUCUCUCGCCUCGAAGCUUCUAGAAGCUCCCGGGGUGAGAGAUCCCCGCCCACCCCACCCAUGGCCCUGUGGCGGCGCAGCUCCUCAUGGCUCUCCUCCUGCUCCCGCUCCCCUGCCGGCAUCGCCAACGAGGCCAAGGUAUCCCCCGAGAUCGCCCCGGACGACGCGCCCGAGGACGAGCAGGACGUCGACGAGGAGCGCUGGUCCCGCCUGCUCCCGGAGCUGCUCACGGACAUCGUGCGCCGCGUCGACGCCGGCGCCGAGCGCUGGCCCGCGCGCCGCGACGUGGCCGCCUGCGCAUGCGUCUGCCGCCGCUGGCGCGACGCCGCCGUCUCCGUCGUCCGGCCCCCGCUCGAGUCCGGCAGGAUCACCUUCCCCUCCUCCCUCAAGCAGUCUGGACCUAGGGAUGCGCCGAUGCACUGCUUCAUCAGGAGGAACAAAAGCAACUCCACCUUUUAUCUUUACCUUAGCUUAACACAUGCCCUAACAGAUAAUGGGAAGUUUCUACUGGUUGCUCGAAGAUUCAGAAAUGGGGCAAAUACCGAAUAUAUCAUCUCUUAUAACUCUGAUGACCUAUAUCCAGGAAGUAAUUCAGGUGUUGGAAAAUUGAGAUCGGACUUCCUGGGGACGAAGUUUAUCAUGUACGACAAUCAGCAACCAUACCACGGCACCAAGACGUUGAAGAGUCGAUCAAGUCGCCGCUACCCAAGCAAACAAAUCAGCCCACAUGUUUCAGGCAGUAAUUUUGAGGUUGGACAAGUGUCGUACAAGUUCAACUUCCUCAAAUCAAGAGGACCGAGAAGAAUGCAGUGCAGUAUCCAGUGCCCUGUAGGCCAGGGCACUGCGUCCGAUCCAUCUAAGGAUAAGCCACAAAGCACCUCGAGUACCUUGUCUCUAAGAAACAAAGCGCCUCGAUGGCAUGAGCAUCUACAGUGCUGGUGCCUGAAUUUCCAUGGCCGGGUAACUGUCGCCUCCGUGAAGAACUUCCAACUCGUUGCCCCAGCUGGCACCAGCGAUCCGUGGGGUGUCGGGGAUGAAGAGACGGUGAUUCUACAGUUUGGAAAAAUUGAGGACGAUGCGUUCACGAUGGACUUCCGGCAUCCCCUGUCAGCGUUCCAGGCGUUCGCCAUCUGCCUCACCAGCUUCGGCACGAAGCUGGCUUGUGAAUAAGUGUAACUGUUAAUCUAUCAUGUAUAGGGGGUGGCGGAUAUCCUGAACUCUUAUGUCCUGUUGAUCUGAGAGAAAGGGGUGGGCACACUGCAAUCUCGCUGUUCUCUUUCUCGUCUGAUGAUGAGUGUGGUGGAUUUGACACUUACGGUGGUGAUUGUUGUUGUAAAUGCCACACUGUUUCUUC